UGCCGCCCGCCAAUUCACGUCGGCGGACGAUAGAUGCCCCUCACCCUGCCCAGGCAAAGGGUGCCGUCUGGUUACCCGAGAGGGGCGAACGACGUCUGUUUUCUGUGCCCGGUGCGGGUGGGGACUGGAGGUGGCGGUGGGGGUUGCCUCUCCCCCUGCCCCAAGGCUGGGAGGGUGUUGCUAGGCAAAAAAUCGCGGUCUUUCCGGCCGCGCCUUGCCGGCGGGUAGGCAGCGGAGAGAGGCUGGCCCGCCCCAGGGGAGAGCGGAGGUGUGGGACGGGCAGCCAGCGGCAGGGUGAGGGUGUACCGCGCCGCUCUGCUGAGGGGCUGUUUGGCUCCUGCUGGGGGAGGAAUGGGGAGCAAGCCCCGAGCUGCUCCCGCCUUCAGCGGAGAGGCGGGAAUUCUUGGUCUUUGGGGAGGAGGGAAGUGCGAAGGCCCUGCCCGCAGGGCAGUGCGGUGCGGCGGCUAUAGAGCUUCUAAGGGAGAGCUGGGGGCGGUCAAGCCUUAUCCUACGUUGAGCGAACUGCGAUGAAGCACUCGAGGAUCGGACGUGCCACCAGUUCCUUCCAGGGCAGGAGAGCGGGCACUUGGCACCGCCGGGUGGGCCCGGGAGAGGAAAUGAUUGAAUUGCCCAUCUGCUGCCCCAACCUGAUUCCAGUUUGAUGGAUUUGUUAGAGGCUUCAAGCUUUAGCAAUCCUGUCUAAAUCAUUUAAAAAACAUUUUCUUUUUAAAAAGAAACCUGUUGCCUCAGCUGAGUAGUAUUUGGUUUCUGUGGGAGGAAAGUCCUGGCACCCUUAUCUAAGUGAGCCGUUACCUAAAGCAGAGAUUUGCGGUCCGAGUUGUUUUUCUUUCCUGCAGUGUCUACAGUUACCUCCAAGGGAGUUGCAGAAUUCUUACAGAUAAUUGCAGUUCAGUUUAAUUUGGCUUAAACUUUAUGCCCGUUUCAUGGAGUGAUAAAGGCCACCGAGUGUCUUUAAUGCUAUACGUCUCACACGUAGGAAAGGUUGGAAAUCAAAGCUCAAAAAUCAGUGGGUCUUUGGGAAAUAAUCCUUGCCCUUGGCCAAACCUGUCAGAUCCAGCUUGGUAAUGGUCUUGGUUUUUAGAGCCUUGAAAGGGGUAUGAGGUUGUGUUUGGUGUUGCAGUUUUAGUGGCCUGAAUAAUAUAAGGCUUGUGUUUUAAGGCAGUAGGUUUUCUUAGGUACGGUAAAAAUAGAAAGGGAGCUGGUUUCUGAGGUUGCAACCAGGUUAGAGAACAGAGCGAGGGGGUGGUAAACUGAAGUGUGAAGGAGGGGGUGGACAGAUGAGAGAGACAUGGAAGGACAGAAUAGGGUCACAGAGAAUUAAGAGAGAAACGGGAGAUGGGAAUUAUAUUUUUCCUUUAAAAAUUAGAUUUUCAUAUUUAAUUUUAAUUUUUUUUUUGGUGGUGGCAUGUAGGAUCUUAGUUUCCUAACUAGAGUUUGAACCCCGAGCCCACUGCUUUAGGAGCAUGGAGUCUUAACCAGUGGAUUGCUAAGGAAGUCCCAGGAUCUUCAUAUUUGAGAUUACUACAAAGCCAAGUGCCAGGAAAGGCAGAUGAUGGUAGAAUGGCAGACAGGCACAUACUAAGGCCGUCUUUGUGGAACUUCACUUUAUCUUUUACAUUGUGCCUGUAGUAUGCUAAGUGCUUUUGUAUUCAUAAUCUCAUUUUUAAUUCUUAGAAGGACCUUAUGAGAUGAAAUGAUGUGAUGCCUGGGAUUUGCUUCAAAGUAAUCUGGAAGGUGGGAGUCAAUCAUUUUGACAAGUCUCCCGAAAGGAACAGCUAGCAGGAGCUGAACCCUUUUUCCAUUUGGUCUCGUGGCAAAGGCAGAGAUCACACCAGCAGUUCCAUACAAUAUGAUGUGCUCACUAGUGCCCUCUGAACAGUCUUCUGGUACCUCUCUCUUGCCUAAAGACAAUGCUCCUUUUUCUUGGAGUUCCUUGGAUGAGGAUGAAUUGGAUGACUCCUUGCUGGAGCUAUCUGAUGGAGAAGAUGAUGGCCAUUUCAGUUUCACAGAGGAACAGAUUCAGGAACUCUUGAAGGAUGAUGACCUAUCAAAUGAGCACUUUCCUUGGGGAGGAGGGUUGCCUAAUGAUGACAGCAGGAAUGUUGAGAAGGGAGAGAAGGGGAGUCAAAUUCCACUUGACACUCCCCAAGAGAAAGAUUCACCAUACAACAUGGGACCAGAAGCUGAGACCCCUGACACAUUCAAACUACCUCAACUAACUACAUCAGUUGGUCAUGGACCAACUCCUACUAAACCAUUGAACAGACGCUUUGCACUAGAAAAGAAUCUUAUAAAAGUUACAGUUGCACCAUUUGAUCCAACAGUUUGUGAUGUUGUACUUGAUAAGGACAAGACUUAUGUGUCCAAAGUUACAUCCAGAGUUACUGAAAAACCCUCCUCCCUUGGGGAAGAGAUGAGAGAAGAUGAUCUUAGCCCAAAUGAGAGCACACUUUGCACAGAAUCUGAAGGGAUCAGCCCCAAUAACUCUGCCUAUGAUGGGCCCCCACUCCCUUCUUCAAACAAUAAUUUUCAACAUACUGUCUCUGAUAAAAAUAUAUCCAACAGUAAGAAACCUACGCCUGUAUUCUCUCAGAUCUUGGACCAUUCAGAGACUUCUAAUACAGGGUCAUCCUGGAGAAAUGGAUCAUAUAAAUCAAGUUUUGAAAUGAAGUUACCAGUUUCCAGUUCAUCAAGCAAACAGGAUGUUCUUGACAAGGAUUCUGGGAAGCUAAAGGUCCAUGAAAAAAGACUAGGCAAAGUCAUUCCUGUUCUGCAAACCAAAACAAGGACUAAUGUUCCGACAUUUUCACCGUCAGACCUGGAAAAGCAGAAGCAAAGUUAUCUCAGGAAUGUCAUUGCUCAUAUAGAAGACCCAGUGGAUUCAAACCAAGGUACCUUGGGGGAGCUGUGUGCCUUGAUGGAUCAAGUUCAUCACAUGCACAACCAGAAAUGGCAGCAUCCUUCAGACCUCACCAGGCGAAACUACGCCCGGUUCCGACAGAGAAAUCUGCAAAGAUACAGUCUGACCCAGUGGGUUGACCAGAAUAAGCGAAGCCACCAUCGGUUCCAGCGUCUACCAGAUUUCCCAUACGGUCCACUUGUCUCCUCCCAUCAGCAGUGAAGGACCCUAUCCAGGGUCCUGUCCAGAGCAGCAUCUCAUCUUCUGCUGUUCCAUGCAUUGUAGAUUUCGAAUUUUAUUUUUCACAAUAUUUUUAUUUAAAGAACUCGUCACCUUUUGGAAAUGCAUAUUGCUGACUUGAAAUUUUUUGUAUAGGGUCCUUCGUUUCUGUGUGUGUGUAUGCAUUUAAGCAGUGUUGAGUUGACAUAGUUUUAAUUUUUUAAUUUAAAUUAAAGGUGGCUGCCUCCUGAAAGCCAGCAUUAAGUCAGAAUAUCCCGGCUCAAGCAAAGAGCCACCUCUCUGCAGAGGUGAAGUCUACUUCUGGUGCCCAAAAGAAAUCAUUCUUUAAUCUCUUGAAGGAAGAGAUUCUUUAUCAGGCUGCAAACCAGUUUUAAUUAUUGCUGAUGACUUAUAAAUGGAUACAAGUCACUUUUAACAACCCUUCUUACUUUUUUUAUGUGAAUCUCUGAAUACCCGUCAGUAUUUUAAAGUUAGUAAUUCAGGACAUCUGAAGUAGUUGAAAGGACAAAUUAAAAGUGUAAAUCUUCUCUUCUUUUUGUACCUACUAGCUGCCUUUAUUUUUUUGGCUUUUUUUUUCCCCCAUUCUUCAUUAAAUUUAUUUUGCACAGUAGUGUUUACAAGUCUUACAUAUCUUAACUCUUAACAGAAGACUGGUGACUAACAAACCUCUGUUGAUUUGUGGUCUUGUGACUGAUUGCCUUCUCUCUCUUUCUUCAAGGAUUUUCGUUCCUUCCUUGUUUCCCCAGUGAUCUUAGGGCUCUACUGGCAUAUUCCUGUAUGCUUUUGGACAUAGAGAUGCCGCUUAAGAACAGCCUCAUUGCACUCUUUACUGAAGAGCUGCCCACCGAGAGUCUUGACUCUAGGACAGGCCAGAAGGCAGUGCUAUUGAGAGGUGUGAGUUGGUCUUCAGUCUCAUCUGCUGAACCCAGCUUUGAGUAUGAGUUGGCGAGUUAGUUAGUGAGCCUCCAUCCUAUAGAAGAGACUUUUGAGAAGCUGUCCUUUGUCUCCAUUAUUAGUUAAUAAGAGGUGCCUUUUGAUCCAGAUGUUUCCACCUCCUCACUUGGUCAGAGGAUGUACAGUUUU